AUGGGCCCUCGUCCUGUUCCGACCGUCUCUUCGAAGACCUACAGAACUCCCCGUCGUGCCUUUGGCGCCGCCCGAUUGGAUGCUGAGCUAAAGCUGAUCGGGGAGUAUGGCCUGAAGAACAAACGUGAAGUCUGGCGGGUUCAGUAUACCCUAUCGAAGAUUCGUCGUGCUGCUCGAGUCUUGCUCACUCUUGACGAAAAAGACCCGAAACGCCUGUUUGAGGGUAAUGCACUCAUUCGCCGGCUCGUCCGUCUCGGUGUGCUGGACGACUCUCGCAGGAAACUGGACUAUGUCCUGUCUUUGCGCACUGAAGACUUCCUCGAGCGUCGGCUGCAGACAGUUAUUUUCCGCCUCGGACUUGCGCGAUCCAUUCAUCAUGCGCGUGUUCUGAUCAAACAGAGACACAUCCGGGUCGGCAAACAGAAUGUCAAUGUGCCAUCUUACCUCGUCCAGCUCGAUUCCCAGAAGCAUAUUGAUUUUACGCUGGAGUCACCCCUGGCUGGGGGGCGCCCUGGGCGAGUGGCAAGGAAGAAGGCUCAGGCUAUGGAGGAGGGUCAAGGGGAAGGGAUGGAAAAUGAAGAAACUCUGUAG